AUUAAAACCAUGGCUGUGUGGAUACAAGCCCAGCAACUCCAAGGCGAUGCUCUUCAUCAAAUGCAAGCAUUGUAUGGUCAGCAUUUCCCCAUUGAGGUGCGACAUUAUUUAUCCCAGUGGAUCGAAAGCCAAGCUUGGGACUCAAUAGAUCUUGAUAAUCCACAGGAGAACAUUAAGGCCACCCAGCUCCUGGAGGGCCUGGUGCAGGAGCUGCAGAAGAAGGCGGAGCACCAAGUCGGGGAAGAUGGGUUCUUACUGAAGAUCAAGCUGGGGCACUAUGCCACGCAGCUCCAGAACACGUACGACCGCUGUCCCAUGGAGCUGGUCCGCUGCAUCCGACAUAUUCUGUACAAUGAACAGAGGCUGGUGCGAGAAGCCAACAAUGGUACUUCUCCAGUUGGAAGUCUUGCUGACACCAUGUCCCAGAAGCACCUCCAGAUCAACCAGACGUUUGAGGAGCUGCGACUGGUCACACAGGACACAGAGAAUGAGCUGAAGAAGCUUCAGCAGACUCAAGAGUAUUUCAUCAUCCAAUAUCAGGAGAGCCUGAGGAUCCAGGCUCAGUUUGGCGGGCUGGCCCAGCUGAGUCCCCAGGAGCGGCUGAGCCGGGAGACGGCCCUGCAGCAGAAGCAGGUGUCCCUGGAGGCCUGGCUGCAGCGCGAGGCCCAGACGCUACAGCAGUACCGCGUGGAGCUGGCCGAGAAGCACCAGAAGACCCUGCAGCUGCUGCGGAAGCAGCAGACCAUCAUUCUGGACGAUGAGCUGAUCCAGUGGAAGCGGCGGCAACAGCUGGCCGGGAACGGAGGGCCCCCCGAGGGCAGCCUGGACGUGCUGCAGUCCUGGUGUGAGAAGUUGGCCGAGAUCAUCUGGCAGAACCGGCAGCAGAUCCGCAGGGCUGAGCACCUCUGUCAGCAGCUGCCCAUCGCCGGCCCAGUGGAGGAGAUGCUGGCUGAGGUCAAUGCCACCAUCACAGACAUCAUCUCAGCCCUGGUGACCAGCACAUUCAUCAUUGAGAAGCAGCCCCCUCAGGUCCUGAAGACCCAGACCAAGUUUGCAGCGACGGUGCGCCUGCUGGUGGGCGGGAAGCUGAACGUGCACAUGAACCCCCCCCAGGUGAAGGCCACCAUCAUCAGUGAGCAGCAGGCCAAAUCGCUGCUCAAGAAUGAGAACACCCGCAAUGACUACAGUGGCGAGAUCCUGAACAACUGCUGUGUGAUGGAGUAUCACCAGGCCACCGGCACCCUCAGCGCGCACUUCCGGAACAUGUCCCUGAAACGAAUUAAGAGGUCAGACCGUCGUGGAGCAGAGUCAGUGACAGAAGAAAAAUUUACAAUCCUGUUUGAAUCACAGUUCAGUGUUGGUGGAAAUGAGCUGGUUUUUCAAGUCAAGACCCUGUCCCUCCCGGUGGUGGUGAUCGUCCAUGGUAGCCAGGACAACAAUGCGACGGCCACUGUUCUCUGGGACAAUGCUUUUGCAGAGCCUGUGAGUCGACUCCCUGGGCCUGUGGGUCUCAAGAUUUUGAUGCUGGUGUCAUGAAUCUCUUUCAUGUGU